AGUCGAAGAAGCAAUCGAACCACCAUCAGAAGCUGAGUUCAUGUUGUAGUUUAGUCAGUCAGGCGGCAAUCAAGAGUCAGAAGACGUUUGAAAUAAAUUUUUUAUUAUAUUAACAAAAAACAUUUGAAAUUGACUCAGGAUUUAUUUAUAUUUCUUUGGAUUCUUACAAACAUGCGGAACGGUGUUGAAUUACUAGAAGUUUUGUUAAAAACAUCAGAAAAAGCUGCUAACAUUGCCAGAGCUUGUAGACAAAAUGAAUCUCUUUUCAAAUUAUUAAUUCAAGAAAAAAGUGAUGAUGAAAAAAAUCCUCGAUUCUUUCGAGAUUUUAAAACUCUAGCUGAUGUUCUUAUCCAAGAAACUAUUCGACAUGAUAUAGGGCUUGAGUUUCCAGAGCUAGCCAAAAUGGUAAAAGGUGAAGAAAAUAAUGUAUUCAGUAACACAUUGGGUAAAACAGUCAUUGUUGAGGUCUGCCCGACUAUUGAAGAGACAACAAAAUUAUUAACUGAAGUACUAGAUAACAAUGAAACAACAGCAAAGAUUUUAGCUGAUGAAGUUCAUCGAAAUAUUGCGCUCUCAGAAGUUCCAACUAAAACAGAACUUGAUGGCUGUGAUGUAAAUAUUAAUAUUGAUGAUCUCGGAAUAUGGAUAGAUCCAAUUGAUUCGACUGCGGAUUAUAUAAGUGCAAACACUUUGAUAGAUGAAGCAACAGGUCUACAUUUAAGUGGGUUGCGAUGUGUUUCAGUACUUAUCGGUGCAUAUGUAAGAAGUACUGGUCUUCCGGUCAUUGGAGUGACUAAUCAACCAUUCCAUAACCACGAUGGUACUCAAUGGAAAGGUCAUUGUUAUUGGGGUUUUGUGAAUGAAGGAAACAGUCAAUAUUCAUUCUCCAAGCCUGAUCUUCUAAACAAAGUAAUUGUAUUAAGUCGAUGUGAGAAUUCAGAGAUAAAAGUAAAACUCUCUAAUAGUGGAUUCAAUCUAAUAGAAGUAGCUGGCGCAGGCUAUAAAAUUUUAAGUGUUGCAAUAGGCCAAGCAGAUGCAUAUAUCUUAUCGAAAGGCUCGACUUACAAAUGGGAUACAUGUUCACCUCAUGCAAUUCUUCGUUCUCUUGGUGGAGGAAUUUUAGAUUUUGUAACAUUUAGUAGAAAUGAAGGUACUGAUUGUGAAGUAAAAUACUGUGAUAAUGAAGAUGAUCAUUCCAAUAAAGGUGGGUUAGUAGCUUAUCGUGAUACUGAGACGCUAGAAGCUUUACGAAAAUCUCUAGUCUUGUUGACAAAACUUUAAAUAAAUGGAUAGCUAUGUAAUUUUUACUGUUGUAAUUUUGAAUUUUAUUGACAAUAUAUUUUCAAAUGUUAGGGUUCUAUAUGUGGAAAAUAUUUUCUUAAAUCAUUCAUGUCCAAGAGGGUUUAAAUUGACUUUAUUGACUUUAUUAUUACUCUUGUUGUAAACAUAUUUCUCUCAUAAUAAAUAUAACGAUUAUAAAUA